AAGUCCCAAGUCCCCAACCAGCACUUAGAACAGCUCCAACAAUGAACCACUCGAAAGCUGAAUUAGGCAAGCUUAACCAAACCCUCGUCUCAUCAAACCCAGAAAUCAAUUUUGCAUCUUUAUUGAUUCUCAGUUAAUCUUUCACAGAAAGAAAACAAAAAACGCUAAACAUGAACCACUCGAAGCCUCUGUGCCGCAAUUACACACCCAAUGUAGUGAACCAAGUCCUCACUGCCAUGCUAAAAAACCAACCCUUCAAUUCCGAGCUCGCUGCCUCAGCCACCAACUCUCAGCCAUGGACCUCCGAGUCAGUUUCCCAAGUCUUAAUCUCCAUACCCAGAUUCUUCUUCCAGUCCCCUCGCUCCAUCGGUCGCCAACAUGGCUUUCGACACCGCGCUCCCUUAAAGCAACGCAAUCUUAGACAAGAAUCUUAUAGGUUCCAUAACAACGUGCUCGUUCUUGGCCCAGCUGCCCACAGAGACCUUCACAAGGUUCAGCUGGGAUUGGACAAAGCGCUUGAAUUCUUCUACUGGGUCGAAACCCAUUUUGGGUUUGUUCACAAUGAGCAAACUUGUAGGGAUAUGGCCGUUGUUUUGGCUAGAGGGAAUAACUUGAAAGCCCUCUGGGAUUUUCUUAAAGAAAUAUCGAAGAGAGGGAGUGGUGGGCUGGUGACUACACAGACCAUUACGUGUUUGAUAAAAGUCCUAGGAGAGGAGGGACUGGUUACUGAUGCAUUGGCUGCUUUUUAUAGAAUGAAGCAGUUUCAUUGUAAACCUGAUGUGUAUGCUUAUAACACUAUUAUUUAUGCUCUCUGCAGAGUUGGGAAUUUUAAUAAGGCCCGGUUUUUGUUGGAGCAGAUGGAGUUGCCGGGCUUCAGAUGCCCGCCGGACGUGUUCACUUAUACGAUUUUGAUUAGUUCUUAUUGUAGAUAUGGCUUGGAGACUGGGUGUAGGAAGGCCACUAGGAGGCGGAUGUGGGAAGCAAACCACAUGUUCCGGAACAUGCUUUUCAGAGGCUUUGUCCCUGAUGUUGUCACUUACAAUUCUUUGAUCAAUGGCUGUUGCAAAACCUACCGGAUCGAGAGGGCUUCGGAGUUGUUUGAUGAUAUGAACAGAAGGGGUUGUAACCCCAAUCGGGUUACUUACGAUUCCUUUAUUAGAUACUACGCUGCUGUUAAUGAGAUUGAUAAGGCGGUUGAUAUGUUACGGAAGAUGCAAAAUAUGAAACAUGGAAUGCCCACUUCAAGUUCUUACACUCCAAUCAUUCAUGCCUUGUGUGAAGCAGGAAGGGUUAUAGAGGCUCGGGAUUUUCUUGCUGAGUUGAUCGAUGGAGGCUCGAUACCUAGAGAGUAUACUUAUAAGUUAGUUUGGGACGCAUUAAAUUCAGCUGGAGAAUUCGAUUCGCUUGGUAAUGACCUGCAUAGAAGAAUAAAAUAUGGUAUAGAGAGUAGAUAUAGGCAGAUAAUGAAGGUGAAGCCGAUUAUGACUCGCAAAGGAUACGAUAGCAUGGUGGAAACUUGACGCUGUGAAGAAACUAGUUAUGGUUAAGAACUGCAGAUUAUAGUCAUUCUUUGACAAACAUUUGGAGGUACUAAAGUUCAUGCACUUCCGUUGGCUGGCCAUACAAAAUCUAUUGAAGAUUAAUUGGUAAUGAGACAACUUAUUUGAUGAUCCUUGUUGUCGCAUUAUAAAUUUGUGGCGCUGCUCUUAAGAGGUAUCUUAGUUUCAAGCAAUUUUCGAUCAGCACCAAGCAGCUC